AGGAGCUGUAAAACUUAAUUAGUUUAGUCUUGGAGUAUUAUACAUAUCAACUAACUCAAAGAGGUACUAUCUAUAAGAAGUAGUUUAGAGUUGAAGUAUGGUGCGAUUUGGUGUUUUUUGGGGUGCUUUGGCAUUUUUAUGUGUCAUGUUUGGUAUCAAAGACAAAGGGCUAGCUUUUCAGGAAGUUUCCUCUGCUGCUGAUUUUGACUAUAAAGAUGCCCUUGACAAGGCCAUCUUGUUCUUCGAAGGGCAGCGCUCGGGGAAGUUGCCGGCGAGCCAGCGAAUUACUUGGAGGGGAGACUCUGCCCUCUCAGAUGGCCAGCCUGAUGAUGUGAAUUUGGAGGGAGGGUACUAUGAUGCUGGUGACAAUGUGAAGUUUGGAUGGCCUAUGGCGUUUUCUGUCAGCUUAUUGAGCUGGGCUGCUGUUGAGUACCAGGCUGAGAUAUCUUCUGCCAACCAACUGGAUUAUCUCCAAAGUGCAAUCCGUUGGGGCACUGACUUCAUUCUAAAAGCUCACACUUCACCCACCACUCUGUAUACCCAGGUAGGAGAUGGAAAUGCUGAUCACCAAUGUUGGGAGCGCCCUGAAGACAUGGACACCUCGCGGUGGCUGUACAAAAUCACUUCUGACUCUCCGGGGACUGAAGUGGCGGCCGAGGCUGCGGCCGCUCUUGCUGCCGCCUCAAUUGUCUUUAAAGAGGUUGAUUCUAAUUACUCAUCAAGGCUAUUAAGCCAGUCUCAAUCACUAUUUGAAUUUGCAGACAAAUAUAGAGGAUCUUACCAAGGUUCUUGUCCUUUCUACUGCUCAUACUCUGGCUAUCAGGACGAGCUGUUAUGGGCAGCGAUUUGGCUAUACAAGGCAAGUGGGAAUAUCACUUACUUGAACUAUGUUUUAAGCAACAAAGGGUGGAGCCAACCGGUGUCUGAAUUUAGCUGGGACAACAAAUUUGUAGGAGCUCAGACAUUACUAGCCAAGGAAUUCUAUGGAGGAAAGAAGGAUUUGGAGAAGUACAAGAGUGAUAUUGAGUCGUUUGUUUGUGCUGUGAUGCCAGGGAGUAGCUCUGUACAAAUUAAAGCAACCCCAGGUGGCCUAUUGUAUACAAGAGACAGCAGUAAUUUGCAGUAUGUGACAACCUCUAGCAUGGUGUUUUUGAUGUAUUCCAACACAUUAAACUCGACUCAAAUCGGUGGAGUCCAAUGUGGGUCAGCAAACUUCUCAGCCUCUCAAAUCAGAGCCUUGGCAAAAUCACAGGUGGACUACAUAUUAGGAAAAAACCCCAUGAAUAGAUCAUACAUGGUUGGAUUUGGAAGCAAAUAUCCCACUCAACUACACCACAGAGGAUCAUCUAUCCCCUCCUUGAGGGUUCACCCAACAAAGGUGGGUUGCAACGAAGGCCAAGCAAUCUACUUCUCAUCAACCAAACCAAAUCCAAACACUCACGUGGGAGCUCUAGUUGGAGGCCCUAAUUCUAGUGACCAAUUCAGUGAUGUGAGAUCCGACUACUCCCACUUGGAGCCUACCACCUAUAUCAACGCUGCUUUUGUAGGUUCGGUGGCUGCUUUAAUACCCCAAAUCACCUAAAGAAUCUUAUUCUAAUUUGGAGAUGCCAUCUCAAAUAUUUAACAUUUUUUUAUAUAUACAUACAAAGAAUAAUAUAUAUACUUGUGGUAGAUGAUAUAGAAAUGUCACU